UUAUUUUCUUUUGCUUCUAUUCCCCUCAUUGACGUGUGUCUCCUUUUCAGUUCCAAUCUAGCAGCCCUUUUGCCCUCCAAUCACUACGCUUCUGUCGCGGCUACUAACUCUCUUACUGUCGGCAGUUUGCUCGAUCAUGGAGGUAGUGGAGUUUAUGGUGUGGGGAGGUCUCGUGGCCAUCCAGCUACCAUCUGGGAUCCAUAUCUAGCCGGCGGAUCAGGCCCUAACAACGGAAACCAGGCUUUAGGGCCCGUCACGACGAUCUCUCAUCAACAAACUGUGGCCGGAACUUAUGGACUGGGCUAUUCGACGAACUCUAGCGGUAUCGGCGACCGUUUAACUGGUCUUAUUGCCAAUGUUAACGUUGCCUCAUCCAUCCUUGCUGGAGGUGGCUUAGGCGGCACGAGUAUAGCGUUGGGCUCUGCCGGAGCUGGUCUUAUGUUACCGUUUGACAUUUUUGAUCUGCAACAGGCUUUGCCACCAGGUGGCCAUUCAAGGCGCCAACUCUCGUGGCGUAAGAAGAUCUACGAGUUUUUCAGUGCUCCAGUCACACGCUUCUAUCUUCAUGUGGGAAAUCCAUACAACGAGUAG